UACCUAUGAGGUUGCUACAGCUUGUGCAUUAGCCAUAGGAGCAGACAAGCUCAUUUGCAUAAUGGACGGUCCAAUUCUCGAUGAGGGUGGACAUCUUAUUCGUUUCUUGACACUCAAAGAAGCAGAUACGUUAGUGAGAAAACGUGCACAACAGAGCGACAUUGCUGCUAAUUACGUAAAGGCUGUUGGUGAUGGAAGAAGCAUCGAUAAGGUUACUUCUUCUCCUGGUAACGAGAGAGCCUCGUUUUUUUGGGGAAACGGAAACCACACUCCCAUCUUUCAAAACGGUGUUGGGUUUGACAAUGGCAGUGGUGAGCAAGGUUUUGCUAUUGGUGGUGAGGAGAGACUAAGCCGCCAAAACGGUUAUCUUUCCGAACUGGCUGCUGCUGCGUUUGUCUGCAGAGGUGGAGUCAAAAGAGUGCACUUGUUAGAUGGUACUAUAACUGGAGUUCUAUUGUUGGAGCUUUUCAAACGAGAUGGAAUGGGGACUAUGGUUGCUAGUGAUGUAUACGAAGGAACACGAGAUGCCAAAGUGGAUGAUCUUGCAGGAAUCAGACAUAUCAUCAAACCUUUGGAGGAAGCUGGGAUCUUGGUCCGCAGAACCGAUGAGGAGUUACUACAAGCCUUGGAGUCCUUCGUGGUUGUAGAAAGAGAAGGCCAGAUCAUCGCUUGUGCAGCUCUGUUCCCAUUCUUCCAAGACAAAUGCGGAGAAGUCGCAGCCAUCGCAGUCGCAUCAGACUGCCGCGGUCAAGGCCAAGGCGAUAAACUGCUAGAUUACAUAGAGAAGAAAGCUUCCUCUCUCGGGCUGGACACGCUGUUUCUACUCACAACGCGAACAGCAGACUGGUUCGUGAGACGUGGGUUCCAAGAAUGUUCAAUAGAGGUGAUACCAGAGACCAGAAGGCAAAGAAUCAACCUCUCAAGAAAAUCAAAGUACUACAUGAAGAAGCUACUACCUGAUAGGAGUGGCAUCUCAAUAUAACAACAACAACAACAGCGUUCAUUAUUAUUGUUUAAAAACAAAAAAAAAACAUUUUGCAAUCAAUCAAACUUUUUUUUUAUUA